CUCCCUUCUUUCCCUUGCAGCCUGCGGCGGGAGGGCUACACGGUGCAGGUGAAUGUCAACGAUUACCUGGACAUCUACUGCCCGCACUACAACGCCUCGGUGCCCGAGCACCGGCUGGAGCAGUACGUGCUGUACAUGGUGAACGCGGAGGGGUACCGCACCUGCAACACCAGCCAGGGCUUCAAGCGCUGGGAGUGCAACCGGCCCCACGCGCCCCACAGCCCCAUCAAGUUCUCGGAGAAGUUCCAGCGCUACAGCGCCUUCUCACUGGGCUACGAGUUCCGCGCGGGGCAGGAGUACUACUACAUAUCCACGCCGACACACAACCACCGCCGGGCCUGCCUGAAGAUGAAGGUGUUUGUCUGCUGCGCCUCCACUCCAGCACCGCCUGCCCCGGCCUCGACGCAGAAGGGGAGGAUCCAGGCAGACGAUGCGGCCGCACACGUGCUGAGGAGCGUGGGGCAGAACUCGGCCAUGCGCAGCAGCAGCCGCCCCUUCACCUUCCUCAGCCUCCUCCUGCCCCUCCUGCUGUGGCAGGGGCUCUGAGCUGCCCCACGUGCCUGGACCCACCGAGGCUGCAGCCACUGGGGACCCCCGUGGUCCCCCCUCAUCUGCCCCGGGUGCCCUGCCCUGCGCACAUCUGGGCGACGAAAGGAUUUGUCAGUAUUAUGGGGCUGGAGGGCGCAAAGCCAUUGGAGCAGCUGGAGCUUUCAGGCUUCCCUGGCCUUUCCAGGAUGGUCCUGGCAGCCAGAGGCCAAGUUGGAGCCUGGAACUGGAGGGGCUGAAGUGGCCCAGACUGGAGAGGGGCAGGGGGCUGGCACCCCUGCCCCGCAGCUGAGCUUGCCCCCCACCCUCGGGGCUCGGACUGGAACUGGAAUGUGUCCUGCAGGCGGGGACGUGGGGGUGGCCAGGUGACACCGGUGCAGGGGGCCACUUAACCCCGGUGUCAGUGGUCAGGGAGCACAGACAGGCUGGAGAUGCCCUGCCAGGGGAGCGGGGUUAUAAGAAACAUCCCACUCCUCACCGUGCUGCACCCCUACCCCAUCCUUCAUCCCCUGGCCCUUCCCCAUCCCUCCCCUCUGCUGGGUGCCAGAGGGGUCCCCCAGCACCCCCUUUGUACAGCUUUCUAACACGGGACUUUUUAUACCAUUGUUGGGAAUAAAUAACCAAAA